ACAUGGGCGCCAUUUUUGUUCACGGCACUGGCCACGUCCUAACUUCAUGACAAAAGCAUCUUAUUUCGAUCUGUUGAUGCGGUCGCGGCGAUAAUCGCGUUCUUUGUAAUAUUGGAUACAGUGAACAGUCACAAACAGUGACAAAAUGCCUCUGCGGUUAGACAUCAAACGGAAGCUAACAGCAAGGUCGGACAGAGUAAAGAGCGUAGACCUUCAUCCGACCGAGCCAUGGAUGCUAUGCUCAUUGUAUCAAGGCAAUGUCAACAUUUGGAAUCAUGAGACACAAACUUUGGUGAAGACCUUCGAAGUGUGUGACUUGCCAGUACGAACAGCCAAGUUUGUGCCGCGCAAAAACUGGGUCAUCACUGGUUCCGAUGAUAUGCAGAUCAGAGUGUUCAAUUAUAACACUUUGGAACGCGUUCAUUCCUUUGAGGCGCACAGCGAUUAUGUUAGAUGUAUAGCAGUACAUCCAACACAGCCGUUUAUACUUACCAGCAGUGAUGAUAUGUGGAUCAAACUGUGGAACUGGGAGAAGUCGUGGAUCUGCCAGCAAGUGUUCGAGGGUCACACACACUAUGUUAUGCAAAUCGUGUUCAAUCCGAAAGACAACAACACAUUCGCCAGCGCAUCUCUGGACAGGACCGUUAAGGUGUGGCAGCUCGGCUCACCCACAGCGAAUUUCACCCUGGAGGGUCACGAGAAAGGUGUCAACUGCGUGGACUAUUAUCAUGGCGGCGACAAGCCGUACUUGAUCUCGGGCGCCGACGAUAGAUACGUCAAAAUAUGGGAUUAUCAGAACAAGACUUGCGUGCAGACCCUGGAGGGCCACACUCAGAACAUCUCAGCCGUGUGCUUCCAUCCGGAACUGCCGAUCGUCCUUACAGCCUCGGAGGACGGCACCGUUCGCAUAUGGCACGCCGGCACGUACAGACUCGAAUCUUCUCUGAAUUACGGCUUCGAGAGGGUGUGGACGAUCGCGUGCAUGCGUGGCUCGAACAACGUUGCCAUCGGUUACGACGAGGGUAGCGUGAUGGUGAAGGUCGGCAGGGAGGAGCCAGCCGUCUCGAUGGACUCGCUGGGCGGCAAGAUCGUGUGGGCGCGCCAUAGCGAGAUCCAGCAGGUGAAUCUAAAGGCGUUGGGCGAGGAGGCACAGGACGGUGAACGGCUGCCGUUGGCCGUCAAGGACAUGGGCGCCUGCGAGAUCUAUCCACAGACUCUCCAGCACAAUCCGAACGGCCGAUUCCUGGUGGUCUGCGGCGACGGCGAGUACAUAAUAUAUACGUCCAUGGCGUUGCGGAACAAGGCGUUCGGCCAAGCCUCGGAGUUUGUGUGGGCGGCGGACUCGAGCCAGUACGCGGUGAGGGAGAGCAAUACGACGGUGAAGGUCUUCAAGAACUUCAAGGAGAAGAAAAGCUUCAAGCCGGAUUUCGGGGCGGAUGGUAUUUUCGGUGGAUUUUUGCUUGGCGUGUCUUCCGGAUCUGGUCUUUCCUUCUUCGACUGGGACACAUUAAAGCUGAUUCGUCGCAUAGACAUACAACCUACACACGUGUAUUGGGCGGAGAAUGCCUCGCUGGUGGCAUUGGCUACAUCGGAUCAAUAUUUUAUACUGAAAUAUCACGCGGAUGCUGUUGCUAAUGCCACGGAAAACGCCGAAGACAUUGAGAACGCAUUCGAGAUGAUAGCGGAGAUGAGCGAAGUGGUGAAGACCGGCUUGUGGGUCGGCGACUGCUUCAUCUACACCAACAGCGUGAAUCGUGUGAAUUACUUCGUUGGCGGUGAGGUGGUCACGGUAUCUCAUCUGGAUAGGCCAAUGUACCUGUUAGGGUACGUGCCUCGGGACAACAGAUUGUAUCUAUGCGACAAGGAACUGUCCGUCGUCUCGUACUCUUUGCUAUUAUCAGUAUUGGAGUAUCAAACCGCAGUUAUGCGGAAAGAUUUCGAUACCGCCAACAGAGUGCUGCCAACCGUUCCGAAAGAACACCGCACGAGAGUUGCUCAUUUUCUGGAGAAACAGGGCUUCAAGGAGCAGGCGCUAGCAGUGUCGACGGAUCCCGAGCACAGAUUCGAACUGGCAUUGGCACUAGGAAACCUAGCGACCGCGCACACGCUUGCCCGGGAGGCGAACAGCCAGCAGAAGUGGCGGCAGCUGGCAUCCCUCGCCACGCAAAAAGGCAAACUGUGUCUGGCACAAGAGUGCCUGCACCAGGCGCAAGACUUCGGCGGGCUGCUGUUGCUGGCCACCAGCACAGGAAACGCAAACAUGAUACAGAAACUCGGCACUAUCGCGGAUGAAACCGGAAAAAACAACAUCUCCUUCCUGUCGAACUUCAUACUCGGCGACGUGGACAAAUGUCUCGAUAUCCUGAUCACAACUGAUAGAAUCCCCGAGGCAGCGUUCUUCGCCCGAACGUACGCGCCUAGCAAAAUCUCCGCUAUCAUUAAACUGUGGAAAGAGAAACUGUUGUCAGCGGUGAGCGAGAAGGCAGGGCAAAGCCUGGCGGAUCCCGAGCAGUACGAGAAUCUCUUCCCGGGUUACAGAGAAACCUUGAAGGCGGAGAAGUUCCUGCGGGAGGAGAGUAAGAGAAAAAUCCCGGCUGCCGCAUUCCCCACUGUCACGCCUAAUAUCGAACGGAAACCACUGGAGGAUAUGUUAGCGGCCGAACAGUCUGGCACGUUUCAAUAUAAGAGUGACGUGAGUAGCACUUCCGAGAUUGAAACGAAACCGACUGAAACGAUGAUCGAUCGAUUGCAAGAUCUCGCGAUAUCAGAAAAGGAGAGCAGUAAAGCUGCCGCUACGGCUUCCGCUCCCGCUGCGAGAACGGUGGUACCUGAGAAAGCGAUGACAAAGCCCGCGAGUAGUACCAGGCCUCUAACAGUUGACGACGAUGACUUGGAUAUCGAUCUGGAAAUCGACGACAACAUCGAUACAACUGAUGUCAACCUUGAUGACGAUCUCCUCGAAGAAGAUUAACCGUCGAACGGGAGACCAGAUCGAGUAUCUUUCAUUCUUCUUUCGUCAAUCAUUCCCCGCAGAAGCGAAGAAGAAAACCGGCGAGAGUCAUUUAGAAUAUUAAAAUUACGAAACUUUUCUAUGCGCAAGUGUGUUUAUAUCACUGCAUAGAUUAAAUAAAGUAGUAUCAGCACGUAUUUGCCGAUUGCUGCAAAUUAUUAAAGAUUAAAUAUAUUGUUAAUAUAAGAGAGGAAGUAUAACAUACCCAUGAGUCAUA